AUGGUAUUGGCAGCUACCCUCGGGGGCUUGCAGUUCUUCCCGGGAGCAGAGUCGGUGGCUGGGAAUACCCUCACCCAGUCCGGCAGGGGAUCAGUCACCUUUGGACAGAAGCCUUUCCUCAACAGCCACGCCAACGCAGCGCCUUCUGGCUCCUUCGAUGCCCGGGGCCUGUCCAGGAACCGGUACCAGGCCCAUGCAGUCAGCGCUCAGACGCUCGAUUUGGAGGCACGGCCGCAGACGAAGGGCCAACGCUUCCAUGUGCCAGACUUCCUGCCGGUGGUGGACCCCUCCGGACCGCAUGCAGGCAGCCUGCCUCCAGCCUUGUACCGCCUGCUGGACCCCAGUGCCAACGUAGACCUGCCCACAGCCCAGAGGGUGUCAGCGCGUGGGUUGGACAAUCGUGAGCUGGACAAGCUGGUGGCGGCUCUGGGCCGCAGCAAGGCCACCUGGCGGCGCGCGCUGCUGCUGCACGAGUGGCUGCUGGGCAUGGGCCACGCGCCGGAUGAUCGCCUGUGCACCACGCUGAUCCGCGUCUGCGCGCAGCACGGGCAGGCGCUGCACGCGCUGAGCAUCUAUGACUGGAUGCGCGCACGCGUUGCCGAGGGCGGCGCCGGCCUGCGCCCCACCGUCUUCACCUACACCGCCGCCAUGCGCGCUGCGCUCGCCGGCAACCUCAUUGACCGCGCCCUCAAGGUGUGGGACGAUGCAGUGGCGGCCGGGUGCGAGCCGGACUGCCGCAUGUGCACAUCGCUGCUGGAGGUGUGCACGCGCUCGGGGGACACGGCCCGCGCUCUGGCCAUGUACGACCGCAUGCGCGACGCGGCCCCGGGCAGCCGCCUGGCGCCGUCGGUUCAUGCGUUCACCGCUGCCAUGCGCGCCGCUGCCGACGGCGGCCGCUGGGAGAAGGCUCUCUGCAUCUGGUCCGACAUGGUCGCUGCCGGCUGCCAGCCCACAGGGCACGCGUACGCAGCGGCGAUCAGCGCGUGUGCGGCGGGCAGCCAGUGGCCGCGCGCGGUGGAGCUGUUUGACGAGAUGCUGGAGCUGGGCAUUAAGCCCGACGUCGUCUCCUGCACCGCCCUCAUCUCCGCCCUCGGCGCAGACGCCCAGUGGGAGCGCGCCGAACGCGUCGUCUCCUGGAUGCUCCAGGCAGGCGUGAAGCCCAACGUGCGUACCUACACGGCGCUGAUAACGGCGCUGGGCAACGCGAAGCAGUGGAAGCGUGCGCUGCACACGCUACAGCGCCUGAAGACUGACAUGUCUGCCGCGCGCGUGGAGCCCAAUGCGUACACCUACUCCGCCCUGCUCAAAACCAUGGGCGAGCACGGCCAGUGGGCGCUAGCUGAGCAGGUGUUCAGCGAGCUGGAGGCAGAGGCGUACGCAUCUCACGGAGCUGCACUUCCUCACCGGGAUGUCUUCAUGAUGGACGGCAUCCCAAGCGGCGCCGCCAGCAUGUCCCAUCCAGACGACGAUGACUCUUUCUCCGCCCUGCCGCAGCACCCCUGGGGCCUGUCGGGGCAGCAGAGCGAGGCCCCCUCCCAGAUGGACUUCUCCCGAGCCUGGGCGCCGAUCGUGACACCAGCGCGGCGGUCCUUGGACACCCAAGCGGCGACUAAUAGCCGGGUGGCGCGCGAGGUGGAUAAUGCGAGCGGCAGCGAGGGAGGCGAUGAUUUUGGAGGGGUGGCUGAAGCGCUCAGCCGCGAGCUGGAGCAGCGGCUGCACGCCGGGGAGCUGCACGGCGCCGGCAGCUACGGCGACAUGCCGAUCGCCCUCGCAGAGCAGGUGCUGUCUUCAAGCCCGCGCGGCGAGGCCAGCUCGGUGUCAGACAUGCUGCCGGACAAUUUGCCGGGCCAGUCGAAUGUCUCAGAGACCAGCGGCUCCAGUGCAGGAUCACAUGAGCCCUUCAGCCUGUUCUCCUCCGCCACCCAGGCACCAACCAGCAGGAGCACUUCCCAGCCCAUGCAGAUCCCAGGCGUCCGCAGCAAUGUGGUCCCGGGUCUCGUCCGACCUCAGGCUGUCUCAAACGGUGUGUCGGGUGCAAAGUGGGGUCUUGAGAUGCGCGGCAAUGAGCACCGCAGCAAGCUGCCGGGCCGCCCUGUGCGGCCCCCAACCGCCGCCAAGACCGCGCUCAAUGAGGUCGUUUGCGGCGCCAUGAUGCUCGCCUACGAGCGCGCCGGCAAGUGGAACGAGGCACUGGGAGUGCUGGAGCGUGCGCGCGCGCUGGGCAUCGCCCCCAACACAAUCAUGUACAACACCGCCAUGUCAGCGCUGGCCAAGUCCGGGCGGGCCGAGGCGGCCGAGGAGCUCUUCACAGAGAUCCCCGAGCCGGACGCUGUCUCCUACGAGACGCUCAUCGCCGCGUACGGCAUGGCCGGCCUCCCCGACAAGGCCGAGGCGGUCUACCAGGCCAUGAUCAAAGUGGGCCACACGCCGCGUGACUACGCCUACUGCGGCCUCAUCGCCGCCUUCAGCAUGAAGGGGGACUGGAAGGGAGCUCUGCGCGUGCGGCAGAUGAUGCGUCAGCGCAGGGUGCCGCUGACCGUGCACGUCUACAACGCCCUCAUGGCCGCCUGCGAGCGCGCACAGCAGUGGGAGAAGGGCAUGGAGCUGCAGAGGUCCAUGGUACGCGAGGGGGUGGAGCCUAACCAGGUGACCAAGCAGCUGCUGGCCGCUGUCGGCAAGGGCGGCACGGCCGCUAUUGGAGACCAGCAGGUGGCCGCUGCCGCGCUCAGCGCAGCCGUGGCCGCUGCCGGCUCGCUCAUCAUCCGUGCCGGCGCAUUUUGAGCCAAUGAAUCACUGGCAAAGAGGGAGACAUAGCAUACGUGCUGAUGCAUUUUGAGGCAGCUUUCGGGUUGCUGAUUGUCUUUGCAGGUGCUUGUAGAGGCACCGGCUGUGAUUUUCAUUUACUUUUCCAUGUGAAGAUUGUCAGGAUUACGCCCUGCGUGGCAUCCUUUGAUGGUGAUUUUGCUGUGGAGUGUCCUUAGUUGUGGUGAUGUGAUGUCAUGAGCAUUUAUUUGGGAUCUGGGAAGUAGAUCGGAGUGUUUUGGAAUUGUGGUGUCGAUACUGUGCGUGUGCAUCUCUCAUACAUGCGGGGCAGCAGACAGACAGAACAUCGGUAUGUUUUGGUGUGUGGAGUGUUCAAGGUGAUUUGCUGUGACGUGGCAAUAAUGGUGAAGCAACUUUGCAUUUGAAGCUAGCUAGGGUGUGAAUAUCAGAAUAAUACAGGUUGGUUUUUCUAGAAUAGGGACCAUGAGUCAGGCAUUUGUAUGAGAUUUUCUAUUGAUGUCUUGAUUUCUUUGAGAGCAUUGCAGUGUCUAUGAAUACUCCAACUUGACUUGCCUGAAAGAGCCAUCUCUGUAACUACCUCUGUAAGUAUUAUUCACAG